ACAAUCGCAGCCACUGUCUGAUGAUGAUGGCGAUGCUGGGAGUUUUCAUCUCUGCCGUCCUGUUCCUGGGCACAGCACAGGGAGCUUCUUUGGGAGCUGUGCUCACUGAAGGAGGGAUGGUGCAGGGAAAGAGUCGUAGUGUUGGUCUCUUUCGUUACAUGGACACAUUUAAGGGAAUCCCCUUCGCCGCUCCACCCAAAAGAUUUGAGAAGCCAGUUGCUCACCCAGGCUGGGAAGGUGUCCUGAAAACAACUGACUACAGAAAGAGGUGUCUGCAGCUCAAUCUUCUUGCUACUGAUGUUAUCGGCAGUGAAGACUGUCUUUAUCUAAACAUCUGGGUCCCUCAGGGUAGAACCGUUUCCUCCAACUUGCCUGUUAUGGUGUUCAUCUAUGGCGGUGCUUUUCUGCUUGGCGGUGGUCAGGGAGCAAACUUCUUGGACAACUACCUGUAUGAUGGAGAGGAGAUGGCAGACAGAGGAAAUGUCAUUGUGGUGACGUUCAACUACCGUGUCGGAGCCUUGGGAUUCAUGAGCACCGGAGAUGAUGGCAUUCCUGGAAACUAUGGUUUGUGGGAUCAGCAUGCUGCAAUCUCCUGGGUUCACAGGAACAUCAAGGCUUUCGGUGGAAAUCCAGACAACAUCACACUCUUUGGGGAAUCAGCAGGGGCAGCCAGCGUCAACUUCCAGAUUAUUACACCUAAAAACAAGGGCAUGAUCCGAAGAGCCAUCUCUCAGAGUGGUGUUGCUCUCUGUCCCUGGGCCAUCAGCAGAAAUCCAAGACAAUUUGCUGAGGAGAUUGCAACCAAAGUAGGAUGUCCCAUUGAUAGCGGGAUGGCAGAUUGUCUGAAAAGGGCAGAUCCAAAGGCUGUAACUCUUGCUGGGAAAUUGAAGUUAACAUCAUCUCCUGAUGCCCCUAUUGUGCACAAUCUGUAUCUGUCCCCCGUCAUCGAUGGCGAUUUCAUCCCUGAUGAGCCUGAAACUCUUUUCGGGAAUGCUGCUGACAUCGACUACAUCGCUGGAGUCAACGACAUGGACGCACACAUCUUUGCCACCAUUGACAUUCCCUCAAUCAACAACGCUCUGACAACCACCCCUGUAGAGGAGGUCCAGGCUCUCGCUACUGCCCUGUCCAGAGACAGAGGACAGGAUGCUGGAAUUGCAACUUUCCAGGAGUACACGGUCAACUGGGGAGAUAAACCAAAUAAAGAGAAAGUCAAGCAGACAGUUGUGGAAUUGGAGACAGACUACAUGUUCCUGGUGCCAACUCAAGCAGCCCUGUACCUCCAUACUGACAAUGCCAAAUCUGCCCGAACCUUCUCAUACCUGUUCACUGAGAGUUCUCGUAUUCCUGUCUUCCCUCUGUGGAUGGGUGCCGAUCAUGCCGAUGAACUUCAGUAUGUGUUUGGAAAGCCUUUCGCCACUCCUUUGGGCUAUUUCCCUCGCCAUCGGGACGUCUCCAAAUACAUGAUUGCCUACUGGAGCAACUUUGCUCAGACUGGGGAUCCUAACAAAGGCGAGUCCAAGGUUCCCGUAACCUGGCCUGAGUUCUCCAACCCUGGCCAUCAGUAUCUGGACAUCAACAAUAAGAUGAACAAGAACAAUGUGAAGCAGAUGUUGAGAACACGCUUGGUUUACUACUGGACCACCGUCUUUGCCAGUUACCCAACUGUCAGGAACUGAGCACUGACAGUCCAACUGUAAAAUCAUGCAGCCCAGAAUUAUUGAGUCUCAUUAAGCAUUUAAUAUGGUGCUAGGAUUCAUGUAAUAAAAUAAAUGAUGAUCAAAA